GUCUGUUUCCGUUACCUUCUGUCCCUCGCGAAAUUCUUUCUUCCAGACACAUUCUCUAGCUAAAAAUCUCCAAGUCGAUUGCUCAGUGUCAUUUUUUAGUCUUUUAGUCUUCGGUUGCAUGUUACGUAAAGUCAUCUCAGUAGUCCCGAAAUCCGCGAAGCUUUCAAGGAUCUCAUUUAGACUACGUCAUGGCCCAGCAGUUCUCGCUCUCGCUGGGCGCAUUCAGCAACACAGCAGUAGCAGGCAGCCAGUAAUACCAGGUUACUAUGUGCGUAGCUACGCAUCGCAGCCUCCAGGAGGUGCAGGGGGUGCUGGUGCUGGUGGGUUCCCUGGGUUUAUGCAGCAGCACCAGAAAGGAGACGCGCUGAAAGAAUAUAGUGUUGACCUGACGGAAAUGGCCAGGAAUGGGAAGUUAGACCCCACCAUUGGGCGUGACGAUGAAAUCCGCAGAACUAUACAGAUAUUGUCCCGACGUACCAAGUCUAAUCCUGUGUUGAUUGGUCCCCCUGGUGUGGGGAAAACUGCCAUCUUGGAGGGUCUCGCAAGCAGGAUUGUUGCCAAAGAAGUACCGGAGUCUUUGGAGAACAAGCGUGUCCUGUCGAUUGACUUAGCAGCUAUUAUGGCUGGUUCCGGGAUUCGUGGACAGUUUGAGGAGAAAUUCAAGGCUCUUAUCCGUGAUAUCGAGGAGGAGGCAGGAAAUGUGAUCUGCUUCAUUGACGAAGUCCAUUCGCUUUUCAACCUAGGAAAAGCGGAGGGGAGCAUUGAUGCCGGUCAGAUGAUUAAACCUGCUCUAGCUCGUGGUCUCCAGCUCGUCGGAGCUACAACACCGGACGAAUAUAGGAAAACGAUCGGCAAAGACGCAGCUCUUGAGCGCCGCUUCCAGCCUGUCUCGAUCGAUGAACCAACUGUUGAAUCUACCAUCUCAAUCUUAAGGGGACUUAAAUCACGUUAUGAGGUACACCACGGUGUCGAAAUUGCAGACAGUGCUCUUGUCACAGCUGCUGUCUACAGCGCGCGCUACAUAUCAGACAGGUAUCUGCCUGACAAAGCAAUUGACCUUGUCGAUGAAGCUGCUUCAGCCCUCCGCCUUGCUCAAGAAUCAAAACCAGAUGAACUGGAAGCGCUUGAACGCGAGAUUAUGACCCUUCAAAUUGAACUUGAAAGCCUAAAGAACGAGAUCGAUGUUUUCAGUGUCGAGCGCAGGGCCAAGGUUGAGGAGGAGUUGCGCAUCAAGAAGGAGGGGGCGCAGGAGCUCACUGCUAUCUGGCAAAAUGAGCGGGCAAGACUAGAUCGGAUCAAGGAUCUCAAAAAGCGGCUGGAGGACGCAAAGCACGAACUCGAAGUUGCUCAGCGUCACGGUCAGUAUGACAAAGCAUCCCAGUUACGCUUUGGCACAAUCCCCGAGCUUGAACGACAGCUUCCAAAGGACAGCGAGAUGAAGGACGAUGCUGAAGAGAGUCCUCUGUCAAUGCUGCAUGACCGCGUGACAAGCAACGAUAUCGCUCGCGUCAUUGCGAAGGCCACAGGCAUUCCUGUUCAGAACCUUCUGAAAGGUGAAAGAGACAAACUCGUUCAUAUGGAGGAUGCCCUCAAAGAACGAGUUGUUGGCCAAAAUCAUGUUGUUGCUGCGAUUAGCGAUGCUGUCCGCAUCUCACGCGCUGGGUUGCAGGCGCCGAACAGACCUGUGGCUUCAUUUCUAUUCCUUGGUCCUACUGGUGUUGGCAAAACAGAAUUGGCCAAGGCACUAGCUGGGUUUCUUUUCAACGACGAGCAGAGAGGACUUAUCAAUAUUAAUAUGUCCGAAUACCACGACCGACACACGAUCUCGAGACUAAUUGGAGCCGCUCCAGGUUAUGUCGGUUUUGAAGAAGGCGGUCAGUUGACGGAAGCUGUUCGACGCAAACCGUAUGCGGUCAUUUUGCUUGAUGAGCUUGAGAAGGCGCACAAGGAUGUGGCUAUGAUCCUUUUACAAAUACUCGAUGAAGGUAGCAUUACUGACAGUCAGGGCAGAAAGGUGGACUUCAAGAACACCAUCAUUUGUCUCACAAGCAAUCUCGGAAGUGAUAUAUUAGCUCACAGUUCCUCCUGUGAUCCAGAUGGUGUCGUCACGGAGGAGGCCAAGAAUCUUGUCAUGGAACGCACGACGGAAUACUUUCCCCCUGAACUUCUCAAUCGCCUUGACUCAAUACUUGUUUUUAACAAGUUGUCUCGCCGAUCAAUUCUAGAUGUCGUAGCAUUGAGGCUGAAGGAUGUUGCGUCACGCUUGAGGGACAGAAGGAUAACGCUCGAUAUCGACGCAGAAGCUCGCAACUGGCUUGCCGAGAAGGGUUAUUCUGAUAUCUAUGGUGCCCGCGCGAUCGCUCGCGUCGUGCGUACUAAUGUGCUGUUUCCUCUUGCACAAAAGUUGUUGAGAGGGACAAUCAGAAAUGGUGAUGUUGUCCACAUCACGGUCUCUGAGAGUGAUUCUCUCGACAUCAAGGACAAUCACCCUCCUGACUCCAGCAUUGUAUCGAGAGAGGGUCAUGAUUAAAAGAUGAUGGUUUCACACCAGAUAUUGUCAAGCACUACUCAGUUCUGUAUCAUGCUAGUAGCUCUCUCGUGUAUUUCUACGUUAUGUCUAUAUAAUGUAACGACAUCUUGAAAUU